AUGGGCCAGGAAUUCCAGCCCAAGCUCGCUCCAACCAAGGGACCUUGGACCUAUGUCCCGUCCCUUAGUGCCACCUACGGACUCGACAAGUUCAGGCCGCUGCCUGCCAUCGUCGUCCUUGGCAGCGUCCUGCAGGCCCUCAUCUCUCUAGUCCUGCCUGCCCGAUGGGCCUACGUGCCGCUCCUGAGCUACCUCGCCAUCUACGCCGUCUCAGCCCUCCUCAAUCUCACCAGCACCUCUUCCUCCUCCUACCCCCUCAACGUCAUCCCCGGCCGGACCGCCGCACAGCUGCCGCUCCCCUCCGGCUCCUUCCGCACCACCUCCGCCGAGGACCAGCUCGUCGUCUUCCACAUCGGCGCGCAGUUCAACCACCCGCUCGGCCCGCUGUGCCCCGGCGGCCGCGAGACCGGCGCCCGCUUCGCCCGCCUCGCCGACGACCUGCGCCAGCGCCGCGCCGAGCUCGGCGUCCUGGCCAUCAGCGAGUGGAAGACGGUCCUCGACGGGUCCCUCACCGUCAACACCAUCAUCUACUUCCGCGACGUCGCCAGCCUGAACGCCUUCGCCCACGAGCCCAUGCACCGCGAGGCCUGGGACUGGUUCGCGGCGCAAAAGUUCCCCCACCUCGGCGUCUUCCACGAGACCUUCCUGGUGCCGCGCAAGAACUACGAGAGCGUGUACCUGAACUGCAAGCCGACGCUGCUGGGCGCGGCGGCGAGCCACGCCAGGGACGAAAAGACGGGUGAGGAGCACUGGGUGAAUGCGCUGGUGAGCGCGGACACGCCGGCGCUCAAGACGCAGUAUGCGAGGAUGGGUCGCGACCGGGACGGCGUGGUGGUUGAGUAG